UUUUGAUAAAAUACUCUUCAUUACUCCUUCAUUAUUAAUUGAAGUGCAUAAAAGGUGUAUGUAUUUUUUCGUGUGCACGCAAAAUGGGUUCUUUCUGCUCGAAAGUUUUCGAAGAUGAUAAAAGGGAGGCCAAGAUCAUCCGGGUUCGUCUGCUGGUACUUCUAGAUGAGCUGGGCCCCGUCCAGCUCCUCAACGUCGCCGUGAGGGAUCGGAAGAUCUACGACGUUUGCAAAAACGAUGGCGAACUGAGACAGGCUUGUAUCUGGGCUGCUGUCAGAAGACACCACAGAGAAAGAUUCGUCUACGAAGACGUUCAUAAUAGAACUGCCGAUUACGUGCUUCUUAUGGACGACUUUAUCAAGGUUCAAGAUGCCGAAGACGAACAGAGAUAUUUGGAGGAAGAGACGUCCGACCAAGAGUGCAUUAUUCGCCGGCGAAACAGACUGGCCUGGGAGAGGAAUCUGCGCAGGGCGAUCCGUUUUUGAUUUUUGAUACCGAAAGUUACUUAUAUUUUAUUAUGAAAUGUACACAUUUUUGAAUAAAGAAAAUUAUAUUUA